UCCAUGAUCUUCUUAGUUCUUCUGUGGUAACUUGUUUUUCGCAUACAUAUUUAUCUUUUAAUUUUUCUUCCGCUAAACAUUAUGACGUUGUCCGCGGCUCCUUGCUUUUUGGCCGCGGUAGCUUUCGGGUUGUGCGUAUCCGCUGGAGAUCCUGUUAUUGAUAAUAACAACACUUUUUCAAACUUACCAGCCGCUACAACCAACAGUGACUUUAAUAACGUGUCUGAAUCUCCAGCUAUAACCAUUUUCAAUAGUAGUUCGACAGAAAGGGAUUCUAGAUUUCUAAAUGUUGCACCUGACUCCGGAGACUCUAACUUGAUACAAGAAAAACAAGAUGAGGCUACAUUGGACCCAGGUUCGCACUUAGUUGGCAUCUACACAGAUUGCCUGCUUCAAUGGUCAUUCCCAUGUGUUCAACGAAAACUAUUGUUGUUUUUGGAUAAUAUUGGUAAAAUGAAAGGAUUCAGUGUUUUGGGUGACAUUUUGUCAGUAGUUAGAAUCAAGCGUGACAUGAAGCCUCCAAUCAACGAAACUGAGUUGAUGGCAAGACUAAACAAUGUGGACGAACAAAAUGCAAUGUCAGCUUUAAUGGAGCACGCUAUGGAUAAGUUUAUUAGCAAUCACGUCAUCCGAGUAACCCUCCCUGCUGGUAUCACAGCAGCUCUCAAUGGUGGUCAAGGACGUUCCAUGAUCGGAAAUACAUUAGACAUAAACAUGUCGAGAGCACUAGGAGAAGGCCGAGGUAAAAAGAAGAAUAAGAAAAUGAUGCACAUGAUGAUGAUGGGGCUGAUGGCAAAGAUGGCAGUUAUGGGUCCACUAAUGAUGAUGUUGAUUAAGUUAAAGGCAAUCAAAGCGCUGAUUCUCAGUAAACUUGCUUUAUUACUUAGUCUGGGUAGCUUAAUGAAAGGCAAGAAAAGUGGUGGUUCUUCUGGAAAAGAAGUGAUCAUUGUGCAUGAUAGCCAUGGUGGGGGUGCGGAUUACGGUGCUGGUACUUCUGCCGGGUGGGUUUCUGGUCAUGCAGCAACUGGAUGGUCAACCGGCGGCGGUGCUGACAGUUAUACAGCUGGAAGCCAUUUAGGUGGAGGAGAUAACACCUAUGCUGGAGGAGCUGACUCCUAUUCUUCCGGAGCUGGUGCUGCUGGUGGCUGGGGUGGUGUAAACAGCCAAAGUGGCGGAUGGGGAAGAAAAUCCGUAGUACAUGAACCUCAUUGGGUGGCAUACAGAGCCUAUAUACCAACGAAUGAAGAUGAUAAUGCCAGCAAAAAAUAGACACUCGGGCCUAUUAAGUUAUUUAUAGAACCGUAUUAAUUUAUUUUAAAUAGCGUAAAUAUUUCAAGACAAUACUUUAAAUGGAGUUUCGAGCAUUACUUGUUAACUUACAUGAUUUAAGUUUUCUCAAUGAAGAAUAUAGAUGAAUUAAUGUCAAUGUGAGAUCCUCUGCAUGCCUAUAAUGUAUGUCUUGAAACUACGUUGAUAUUUAUUUAUUUGUAAAUACUAAUUAAUUAAACUAUUUGUACUUUGUAUUUAUUUUUAAUAAAUUAUGAGUUUAU